ACCAGGGAUGUUGUCCCCUUGCCGGUAGUGCCAUCACAUACCAAUCCACCCUGUCAGUGACCUCCAUCUAUACUUUCCCCUAUAAACAGUACCUAGGAUUGUACUACGAGUAUCCCGUCCCAGUGACGUCGACAGCCAUCUAGUUCUUGCCUUACGACAGGGCCAGCCAGCUAGCCCCAAAAAACAAAAAAAACCAAAAACCACAAAGACAAAAAAAGAAAUGAAGCGCCUCAACUCCGCCCAAGACGACAACAUCCCCGUCUAUAUAUUCCUGCUCCUGUUCCUGAUCCUGGGGUUGAGUUUUCUGGGAACGUAUCUCGAGACGGUCAGCAGCACCAGCAGCACCAGCAGCACCACCAACACCAACACCAAACGAGUGAAAUCAACCGUGCGCUUUCGUGCUUAACUACAGUACACUCACCACACAACAACACAAACCCAUCCAUCAACAACAAUCCAGCCAAAAUGGCCGGAACAUGCUCCAUGCUCUGCCUCAUCCUCAUCACCAUCUUCAUCCCCCCCCUCGGCGUCUUCCUGAUCUCCGGCUGCAGCGCCGAUUUCUUCAUCAACCUGUUGCUGACGCUUCUGGGCUACCUACCCGGCCACAUCCACGCCUUCUACCUGGAGUACGUCUACUACCGGAAUUCCGAUGCGGUGGCGCCGCGCCGCGCGCCGGGGGUGUAUUCGGAGCGGAUUCAGCGGGGGGCGCAUCACCACCACCACCACCGUCAGCAGCAGCAGCAGCAGCAGCAGCAGCAGGCGGGGUAUGGGACGAUUUAAGCUGGGGCCGGGGUUGCGGAGCGGUGGGUGGUAGUUGGACUAGGGGAGUCUGGUCUGGUGGAUGGUGAUAGGGAUCAUGCAUGAAGUUUUGUUCUUAGGCGAAUCGCUAGCGACGAUUUGAGGAAAUUGGGUGGGGGGGAUAUGAUCCAUGCUAUCCUUAUCCUUAUACUUGCACUGUUACCUUACUGUUACCUUACUGUUACCUUACUGUUACCUUACUGUUACCUUACUGUUACCUUACUGUUACCGACGAAGCCAGAAUACGACAUAACCUAAUGAAUC